GGGCGGAUGGUUCGGCGCGGCCAGCAGGUGCGCGCGGCGGCCCCGGGUGACAGAGGACGCACGCCCUCCGCGGGCGGAAGCGUGGGGUGUUAAGGCGGGGUCGAGCGAUUUGAUCGCAUGCUUUCAGCUAGAAAAAACUCGAGCAUCUACCUCCCGUGUAGGUAUGCUUAUGUAUAAAAGGUACACGUGUGUUAACAUAUGCACAUCAUAGGGGCUGGCGCUGUGACGCAGCGGGUUAAAGCCCUGGCCUGAAGCGCAGGCAUCCCAUAUGGGUGCCGGUUCUGGUCCCGACUGCUCCACUUCCAAUCCAGCUCCCUGCUAUGGCCUGGGAAAGCAGUAGAGGAUGGCCCAAGUCCUUGGGCCCCUGCACCCGCUUGGGAGACCCGGAAGAAGCUCCUGGCUCCUGGCUUUGAAUCAGCCCAGCUUCGGUCAUUGUGGCGUGAACCAGCGGAUGGAAGACCUCUGUGGCUCCGUCUUUCAAAUAAAUGGAAUAAAUCUUUAUAAAAAAAAAAAAGUACAUCAUAGAAUGCACAAAAAUGGUUACAACAUUUAAAAGAUGGGAUAAACGGCUAAGCCUGCUGGCUUCAUCCAGUUCCUUUUUGAAACAUAAUAACUUAAGGCAAGAGCACUUUUUUUAUUUUUAAGAUUCAUUAUGUUACUUGAAAGGUAGAAAGAGAGCCAGCAGGAAAGACAGAGGUCUUCCGUCCACUGGCUCACUCCCCAGAUGGCCGCAGUGGCAAAGCCAGGAGCUUCAUCUGGUCUCCCACCUGCGUGUUGGGGCCCAGGUCCUUGGGCCAUCUUCUGCUGUUUUCCCAGGCACAUUAGCAGGGAGCUGAUUGGAAGUGGCACAGCCAGGAGCAGCCAGGCCUGGAAUCCACAGCCAUAUGGGAUGCAGUGGUCCCAGACGGGGGCUUAGCCUUUUCUGCCACAGCAAUGACACGACACGUCAGUUUCCUUAAUACUCACAGGAUUGUUGACUGUGAGUCUGUAUGUCAGCGUUCUGGAUGACUUUGAGUUUAUUUGUUUGUUUUUAAAGAUUUACUUAUUUCUUUGAGAGACAGUUACAGAGAGAGAGGGAGAAACAGAGAGAGAGAUCUUCCAUCUGCUGGUUCACUCCCCAGAUGGCCACAACCACCAGGGUGAGCCAGGUGGAAGCCAGGAGCUUCAUCCGGUCUCCCACACGGAUAGCAGGGGCCCAAAUUCUCGGGCCAUCUGCACUGCUUUUUGAGUUUGGUGUUUUAAAUACCUCUGCGGGCAGACAGCUUCUGCCAGGAGCAGAGGUGCUGUUGGGUUGUGCUCCCACUACUAGCGUUGUCUGCAGUUUCUUGGCAGGCUCCUUUGAAGCGACACGUCGACUUCAUUAGAACAGAUGACAGGGCAUCCAUACAUGCCCCUGACUAGCAUAGUUGACCGAAAUACACAGAAAGUGGCCAAGGAGCGAGGGAGGUGCACCUGCAGCCCCUCGAGGUGCAGGCCGUCCUGCUCUUUUUGGAUACCCCUCCCCAAGCACUGAGCUGGAGACUGGUGUAGGAAGUCCAGUCUGUAUGGGAAACAUUAGUAAUGCUUAAUUUCUCAGGUUUUAGACAAAUAAGUGGAAGUAGACGUUCUGUUAUGUUCUUCACAUACUGUAUUUUGAAUUUCUUUCUUUCAGCGGAUGGGUCAGGAGGACGUGUCCAAAUCCCCAACUUGAAGGCUUUUGAAAUUUUUGUUCAGGGGGCUGGCUUUGUGGAGCAGUGGUUUAAGCCACCACCUGCAAUGCCAGCGUACCAUAUGAGUGCCAGUUUGAGUCCCAGUUGCUCCACUUCCCAUCCAGCUCCCUGCUAAUGUGCCUUGGAAAGCAGUGAAAGUCCUUGAGCCCCUGCGACUCAUGUGGGAGACCAGGAUGAUGCUCCUGGUGCCUGGCUUCCACCUGGCUCAGCCCUGACUGUUGGGGCCAUUUGAGGAGUGAACCAGUGGACCAAAGAUCUCUCUCCCUCUCUCUCUGUAACUCUUUCAAAUAAAUAAGUCUUUUAAAAAAAUGUUUAUCCAGUUGUCUGCUUUAUCUGGAUAGAGUAAGGGUAAGGUGGGUUGCUUAAACUGGGGCCCUUGAAUAGAACAUGGACUUCCUUUGUAAUCCGAGGUAUUUGAUGUAAUUCACUUUAACACUCUUGCUGUGAUAAAGGGUGUGGGGCCCUAAAACGGUUAAGAACCCUUGUUGCAAGCUGGGUCUUCCCUUUCAGCCACCAAAUACCUUCCCAUCUCCCUCACAUAGUAUCUGUUUUGCAUAAAGAAGUAGAGUUUGUGUGUUUCUCUCACAUCCCAAGUGCCUCUGGGUGAUGCACCGUCACGUUGGCAGGAGCUGAGGCAUGGUGGAUGGUGGGCUUGAUGGCGCCAUGACACUGCCACACGGAACCUCAGGUCACACGGGCUCUGGGUUCUUGUUAGCAAAAUUCCGGACGGCCAUGUGUUGCAAGGUGCGCCUCUACAGCACUAGGAAGUAGUGCUGAGUAGAGAAUGCUGGGUGCUUGUAGGAGGGAGUCUUCAUUCUCUUCUUACUUCUGAGGCUCCGAAACAGCCUCUGUCCCCUCUGCCUCCCCCUUGGCUGCUGGGACUACCGCUGGGAAGCCUGAAGUGACAAUGAAGGUUAUGAUCUGAUCGCCUGUUUCCAGCUCCACUUCCUCUGUGAGGCUUGCUCACAGGGAGUUAGUUCAUCCACUGAGUGUGUGCCCUGGGCCUUUGCUGGGCUGGUGCUCUGCUGAGUACUGGGACACAGAGGAAGGAGACACUGCCUCUGCCUUCCGGGAGCCCAUGGUUCGGUGAAAGGAUCCUCAGAGCUGAACAGAUGAAGAACCCUGAGAAUUCUGGGGCGGUGAUUGCUAAGGGGCGGUCCCAGGGCCACCCACUAAACAUUACUACUCAGUAUCCUAGGGUAUUAUUUUUACCUAAAAUCUGGAAAUGACUUUUACAUAAAAGAACUUGAAAAGGAGCCAGCGUUGUGGUGUACAGUGCUGGCAUCCCAUAUGGGCGCCGGUUCAAGUCCCGGCUGCUCCACUUCGAUCCAGCUCUCUGCUGUGGCCUGGGAAAGCAGUAGAAGAUGGCCCGAGUCCUUGGGCCCCUGCACCCCUGUGCGAGACCUGGAAGAAGCUUCUGGCUCCUGGCUUCAGAUUGGUGCAGCUCCAGCCAUUGCAACCAACUGGGGAGUGAACCAAUGGAUGGAAGACCUCUCUCUCUGCCUCUGCCUCUGCGACUCUGCCUUUCAAGAAACCGCUGUUGCUACGAUUGCCUCAGUUAUGCCAGAAGAACCUGAUGACCCUGCUGAUGGCUGUCCGGCCGUCGCUGCCCGAAAGCGGGCUCCUCUCUGUGCUGCAGAUUGCCCGGCAGGACUGCGUCUCGGACCCUGACGCCUGGCUCCAGGCCCUGGGAGAACUGCUGCGAAGGGAUGUGGGGGUCGAGGCCUCUGGCCAGGGACCCUCCCCACUGUCUGACAGUUGCCAGAAACAGCUCCAAGGCCUGUGUGGGCGGCUGGGGCACGGGGGCAGGAGGUUGAAAUUUCCCCAGGCACCAGACCCCAAGGAGGAAGAAGAGGAAGAGGACAGGGACUCCCAGCAGCGUGGGAAACGCAGGAAGGAGCCCGAGGAAGAGCCUGCCGCUUCUGAUGGGGAGAGGGCCCCCAAAAGGUUGCGGUACUCAGAAAGGGAAGAAGAGGAGGAGGAGGAGGGGGGAUCUGAGCACGAGUCACUGGAAUCCUUGGCAGGUGGAGGAGUCGUGGUGCCGGUUGAGAGCCACUCUGGUGUGGGAGCUGAGAGCGGUGAGGCUAGCCGGAGCCCGGAAGACGUGCGGGGCCCUGCUGAGAGUUUGGAGUUGCCCAAAGCUGUCCAGGACCAGGUUCCCAGGCUGCAGCAGCUGCUGAAGACUUCUGGGAAGGGAUUGGAGGGGUUCGAGGACGCCCCCCCAAUAGAGUUGCAGCUACUCCACGAAUGUAGUCCUGACCAGGUGGACCUGCUGUGUGCCCAGCUGCAGCUCCCCCAGCUCUCCGACACGGGCGUCCUGCAGCUCUGCACCUGGCUGCUGGCCCUCUCCCCAGAUCUUAGCCUCAGCAAUGCGACUGUGCUGACCAGGAGCCUCUUUCUUGGACGGAUCCUCUCCCUGACCUCCUCAGCCUCCCGCCUGCUCACGGCUGCCCUGACCGCCUUCUGUGCCAAGUAUACCUACCCGUUCUGCAGAGCCCUCCUCGGCCCCGUGCUCCAGGCCUCAGGCACAGGUGUAGCUCAAACAGAGUUGCUGUGUUGCCUUGUGAAGGACAAGUCCCUGGAGCCAGCCACACGGGUUCUAAUGCUAGAGCAAAUCUUGGAUCUGCCCUGGAAGGAGGAGACUUUCUUGGUGUUGCAGUCACUCUUGGAGCAACAGGUGGCGAUGACCCCCGAAAAGUUCAGCGUUCUGAUGGAGAAGCUCUGUAAAGAGGGGCUGGCGGCCCCCGCCUCCAUGGCCUGCGCCAAACUCAUGCUGACGGUGAUGACCAAGUACCAGGCCAGCAUCACAGAGACCCAGAAGCUGGGCCUGGCCACGGCCCUGGAAUCCAACACCACCUUCCUGAGGAAGUCCCUGCAGGCUGCCCUGCGACAUCUGGCCUCCUGACCGCCCACCAGGGGACCCCUGGCCUGGAGCCCCUCACCUGACUCCUGCAGGACGUGGCUGCGCUGACCCCUAGCCUCGGAAGAAGGCUGAGCCAGGCCUUCCCGGGGACCAGCUGCCUCCCUGCUCCAGGCUGCAGAGGCUGCCGGGAGAGCAGGGCCCUCCUCCUGGGCUGGAGCCGGAUGAGCACUGUUUGCAAGGGCUGCUGGCCCCGGGCUCGCUUCUCAUCACUUCUCGCUGUGGGCACAGAGACUGGGCCGCCGGCUUAGGUCAGCCCAUUCAGGCCCAGGGUGGGCACAAGGCGCUCCAGGAGAUAGCGUCCUGUGUGACAGCACACGUCUCCUGCUCAGGUGUAUGUCUGACCAUCAAUGUUUCAUGUGACUUGAUAAUAGUUUACCGAUGGUAUUUAAUAAAAAGGAUGGUAUUUAAUAAAAUGUC